GGCUAUUUACCUCUUCAUCUAUUUCGCUCGAGAAGCAUCCAACUCAUAGUGGUCUUAGAACAUAAUAUAUUCACCGUAAUCCACCGUAAUCCAGAAUUAAUCAGAAUUUUCUGUCGAGUAGGAACCUUGGUUGGCAAUAACAUGGGGACGGAUAAACGCAAAAGACAACGGUCUACGAGAAACACAGUCGAACACGAACAAAUCGCGGAGACUUCAGAAGCUGGAAGCUCAAAUAUUUCGCCUGCUCCGGAAGCUCCAGUGGCCAAACGAUCUAGACACAGAGCGGAGACUCGCGAUUGUCCAAUUUGCAAUGAGCCUAUUCCUUUGAGGCUACUGGGGAAGCAUGCUGAACUCGAAGCCUCGCGUGUUGACGAAAUUAUCGGUCACAUCGGUUCUGAAGAACCUUUUCUGGAUCUCUCAUACGAAUCUUAUACUUCUGCCCCUGCCGUCACGUCAACAUCCGAGUUAUCAUUCACGUCAGUGUCGCAUGGAAGACGGUCUGCCGUCCGUGCUCGUCGAACUAUUCUCGAAAAGACCGCUCCAGUGAGAGCACAAUCAACCGUGGUCACGAAAGCCAUUCAAAGUAUCAAGCGAAAUCGCAAGAAUCGACAUGGAAAAUUACGAGACAUGACGAGAGAAGACGAUGAAGGACAUCUAGCUUCUCAUCUCCGUUACACAUCAAGUCGAGGAGGAAUUGUCUGUCCUGUGUGUUUGGCCACGGUUGAAGGAGACGAGGAUGUACAAGAUGCCCAUGUAGAGGCAUGUGUAGCAAAUGAGUCUGUUAGAUUGGAAGAAGAGCGUCUCAAACGAGAGGAACAAGAAAGAAGAGAAGAAGCUGAGAAAGUGGACACUGAUGAUGAGAACGAACAAGAUGAUGCUGCAGGGCAUUUCGGAGACGUACGAGGAACGGGCUUUCUUACAAGAAACCGUAACGAACAAGAUGUCGAAGACGAAAUCGAUAUCGACGGAGACGAUGCGGAAAUUUUUGGAUCCGCUCAGUUCCACGAAGGAGAUAUACUUGACGUAGACGUUCCUCCCACUACAGCUGCUCGCACACAACCUACUUCAGGACGGUUCCAAACUGGAGGCGUCGACGACACAUUUUCCGAGGGAGAUCAGCCUGCUAAGAUUCUCAGAGACUUGAUUGCUGAUAGUAAGGCGCGUCAAAGCUCGAAUCCCCAGGAAGUGGCUGUCAUUCCAGAGAUAGACAAAGCUGAUGUUGCCAUACUCAUGGCGAAGAGCAGAGGAACCCAAGCUGCGCUAGUGGUCGCAUUAGAAAACAAAAUCAAGCUUUUGGAGGGCCCGCUCGCAAAUUUACCAUUUCCUUCAUCCUCUAUCCCACUUUGCCGGAUCUGUAUCGAGCCCUACAAUGAGCCAACUGUGUCCACCGGGUGUUGGCACACAUGCUGCCGAGAAUGUUGGCUACGAUGUCUGGGAUCAACUAAAUUAUGCCCGAUUUGUAAGAGAAUCACUGCGGCAAUGGAUUUGAGAAGGGUUUAUCUAUAAACACGUUGUUACAGUUAUUUGAUUGGUGUAGUAUGUAUAAUAAUAAUAUUCGUG